AUGACCAAAUCCAGGAAGCACGAGGCAGGCAAGGAAUACGACAGGUUGAAAAUGAAGAACAAGUGGGACCAAAUGAAGAAAGAAUGGAAAAUUUGGAAGGAGUUGAAAAGGGGUUCUGUCGGUCUUGGUUGGGAUCCGGUGAAGGGAACAUUUGAUGAACCUGAAGAAUGGUGGGCUGAAAGACUUAUGGUGGUGCCUACUGCAAAGAAGUUUAAGCUUUCUGGAAUUGAGCCUGAAUUGGAGGAGAAACUCGUCCGCGUAUUUGGAAGAGUGGUUGCAACGGGGAACUAUGCAUGUAGCCCAAGCGAGACAAAGUUCGCUGACAAUGUCGUGACUUUGAAAACCCCUGGAGGUUCAGUUGAGUUCAUUGACAUCCCCAACCCAGAUCAGAAUGAAUAUGGAACAAUUUCUCGUUCUAAACAUCCGAGGGUUGUUGAUAAAAGAAAAUUUGGUGCUUCUUCCCUCAGAAAUGAGCUAUCUGAGGCAGUUUCUUAUUUCAAAGUAGAAUGUCAGGCUUCUCGUUCAAGCACUAUCAUGGAGGAACUUGAAAUCCUUAGUGCUACAACCAAAAUUUAUGUAGAUGAAGAGUUGUAUCUGUACGCAGCAGAAUUGCUAGAGGACCUGAUCCUUAGGGAUUUCUUUGUAUAG